GACUGACUGUCAGAAUGGACUGCUGGUCUACUUGGCUGUUGCUCGUCUCGCUGUUCGCCACACUCCUGCUCACGGGCGGCGUCGAGCUAACCUUUGAACUGGCUGACAAUGCCAAGGAGUGCUUCUACCAGGAGAUUGAGAAGAACGUUUCGUCCACAUUGGAAUUUCAGGUGGUUACAGGUGGCCAGUACGAUGUAGAUGUAACAUUGGAGGCACCAAAUAAGGAAAUUAUUUAUAGACAAGUGAAGACACAAUUUGAUUCACAUUCGUUUGUACCAGCCAUGUCAGGAGUAUAUAAAGCCUGCUUCAGCAAUGAAUUCUCCACAUAUUCGCACAAGCUGGUUUAUAUGGAUUUCCAAGUAGGCGAUGAACUGCCGUUACCGGGCCUCGGAGAACACGUCACAGUCAUGACUCAGAUGGAGUCUUCCGCACAGGAAGUGCAUAAAAAUCUGAUCAGCAUUUUGGAUUAUCAGACGCAUCACCGACUGCGCGAGGCGCAGGGUCGUAAGCGCGCGGAGGAACUUAAUGAACGGGUGCUCUGGUGGUCGGUGAUGGAGACGGUGUGCAUUCUGUUUAUCGCCGUAGGACAGACGUUCAUCUUGAAAAACUUCUUCACGGAUCGAAGCCCCUCACAAAGUUACUAGUGCAAUCGCGCCAAGUAAUUCUAAGCGAAACUAAGGAAGAACUGGAUUGCGAUCGAGCUACGCGAUCGACAAUCCGAUCCUCUGUGGGUCGGUGGAUCGUCCGUUCUUACGGUGCCGUAACCGUCGUCGUCGUUUCGAUUCUCGGUCGAAGUGCCAUCGUAAGACACUUGCCGGUAUAUAACAUGUCGCAUUCUCUCGGUGGAACUCUCAGCCGGCGGGUUCGACGACGCGAGAAUCACGCUUGGAGAACUUUGCAACUCAACAAGCAGGAGCUGAGAAGGCGGACUCGUUCGAUUCAUACCGAGACUACGACUAUUUCACACAUCGGAAAUGCCUGCGUAAAGCUCAGAGCGAUCGAAAGGGUAAGAAGUGCAAGCGAUAGGACUUUGCCUUACAUCUCCCUGCUCGACGGACGUUUUCAAGUUUGUACUUAUGUACUGGCACUUGAGACAGUAAAACGGACACUGAAAACACGGACAUCGUGUUCUUCUUACUUGUGAAUGUGUAUCAUAAUAAAUUAAACGAUAUUCGUGUGUACCGAAAAAUCUCCUAUACGUUGUAUUGCCGAGCGAUCUGAUUGUUUCCUCCCCCCCCCCUCCCCCCGUUCUCUGACGUUUUUGUCGCGUUGCUUCCGUUAUUUAUCCAAAUCUAAACAAUCAGUCAAGGUAGACGUUACUUAAAUAAAGUGGUUUUGCUCAUUGUUUCGAUUUAAUACGACUAAGCGAUUUCUCCGUUUCGCUCGGAACUCACCACUUCGUUCGUCUCUCGUAGUGAUAAAGUCUGUCGUACGGCAUGUACAGAUAGUAAUUACCGAGCCCAUCAUGUUUUCACCUUGUAUGUGGCACAUGCCACGUAUGAUGCUUUCUGCUGCGUUGCACGUGAUAAGCGCAAUUCAUCAAUGAGGAAAACGGGGCGAGUGUUGGCGAAAUAAUUAGUCAUUUGCAGUUGUGCUUUUAAAUUGUAACCUUCAACCGCUACUCGUGCUAAUUACAUCUCGUAUUACCGUCGACCUGAGAAUCGUUCUCGCAGCAACUGCCGAACGUUUCGCAACAUUCUCGAUUUAUAUAAAGUGAGAAUUUGUAAUAAAUUAAUAAAACUUCUAGUACAAUAAUAUGCACUGAAGCA